AUGGACCGGAGGAAGCCGCGGCUGCUGCUGGACGCGGAGCAGGAGCAGGGUUACUACCUACAGCAGCUCUUCGGGCUGUACGGGGAGAACGGCACCUUGUCCUUCCACGGCCUCACCCGCCUGCUGCAGAGCCUGGGCCUGGGCCAGGUGCAGGUGGUGGAGAUGGAGCACGAGGCGCUGGGCCACGGGCACGUCAGCCACCUGGACAUCCUGGAGGUGCAGGACAACAAGCACCGGCACUCGCACUCGGCCCUGGAGCACGCCGGGGCGGAGCCGCCCAGCCUGGGCCCCGAGGUGCAGAGACAGAACGGCACCUCCAGGUACCCGCCGUGUCUCAACGUGACGCAGCUGCUGGUGAACUUCGGGCUGAAUGCCGGCUCCCAGAUCACGCCCGAGCAGUUUACGUUGCUGUGCCCGGCCCUGCUCUACCAGAUCGACAGCCGGGUCUGCAUCCGGCACCACGACCAGCUGACACCAGAGCCCCUGGGGGGGGCGCUGUGGCCAGUUCUAGGCUGGGGCUUCCUGGCCAUCACGCUCAUCAGCCUGCCCUCGGCGCUGGCCCUCCUGCUGGUGCCUUUCCUCGGCCGCGACUUCGGCCGCCUCCUGCUGGCCUUCCUGGUGGCGCUGGCCGUGGGGACGCUGUGCGGGGACGCCCUCCUUCACCUGUGGCCGCACGCCCAAGGGAGGCACCAGGAGACCCCGCGGGAGCAGCAGGACUCGGUGCUGAAGGGGCUGUCAGUCCUGGGGGGCAUUUACGUCUUGUUCCUCAUCGAACACCUCCUGGGCACGCUGAAGCAGAGACGGAGCCGGCUGAGCCGCGCCGCGGGAAGGAGCCCAGCACUGGAUGCAGACGGAAACCACAGCUUGACCCUGCGGGCAUCGGCGCCUUCCCCAGGCGCAGAAGCCGAAUCGCAGCGUCUGACGGCCCCGGGGCCGCUCAGCGACAGCCCUGGCCGGGGAGAGGAGGGGGCGAGGCAGCUAGCGCCGAGCGCGGACGGACAGACGGAGGAGCUGAGCCACCAUGGACACUCGCACGGCCCGGUGGCCGGCAGCGCCGACAUCGUCUGGAUGGUCAUCCUGGGGGACGGGAUACACAACCUGACGGAUGGGCUGGCCAUCGGGGCUGCGUUUUCCGAGGGCAUCUCCAGCGGCUUGAGCACCACGGUCGCCGUCUUCUGCCAUGAACUGCCCCACGAGCUCGGCGACCUGGCCAUGUUGCUGCAGGCGGGCCUGCCCGUCAAGAGAGUGCUUCUCUCCAACCUCGUGUCGGCCUUCCUGGCGUACCUGGGCAUGGCGGUGGGCACGGUGGUCAGCCAGGGCGCCUCGCCAAUCACCCCCUGGAUCUUCUCCAUCACAGCGGGCAUCUUUCUCUAUGUGGCGCUGGUGGACAUGCUGCCCGAGAUGCUGCGGCGAAGCUCCGGCGGGAACAGGAAGGGGCCCGUGACGUAUUUCGCCCUCCAGAACCUGGGCUAUCUCCUGGGGGCGGCCAUCAUGCUGUGCAUCGCCCUCUUCGAAGGGCAGAUGAGCUUCCGUGUGGAUCUGUAACACGGGGGCGGCCACACGGCUCGCCGAACUCGGACGGGACGGGGCCGAGGUUCCGGGCACCCCCUGCCCCAUGGCUGCUUCGCAGAGAACUAGGACCCCAGACUCUCUUCCUGCUGACGGCUGGUGCGUGACACCCAGGGCAGCCCCCGCACUCUCUGUUUGCUCCACAUCCCCCGGGGGCAAGCGUGGGUCGUGACUUGGGGGGGCCCGGAGCUGACUGGUGCGGAAGAGGGGCAGCGUUUUGCUGUUCAGUUCAGGGAGGAGAGCGUGUGGCCAGCACAAUCCCCUACCCCCCUUUCCGUGAGGACACUGCCGUUCAGUCUCAGCGUCUGCCCGACAUUUCGGUAUGUCACGUGCACGAGGCCAGGCUGGCCCCCGAGUGAGUCUCGGCGUUUCGGAGAGGGAAACGCAGCCGAUCCGUGGGCGAUUUUGGGGCGGAGUGCAGGAGACGUUGCUAAAGGGGGCAGCGCCAGAGUCCGAUGGGAGCCAACAGCCCCACGCAGAGGGUGCGUUCAUCGCCGGGAGGAGACGUUCAUCUGGGGAGCGGACACGGGAACUCUUACCUUCACCACCGUCCAGAGACAAGCGGCAGCGCUCCUUCCGCUCCACCGCCCGGGAUAGAGCCUCCGAACUCCGCUGGGCAGCUAACUGUUUAACCGAACUGAACGAAAAGAAUCCACCCCCCCCCCUGCGCCUGCCCACUGAAGCUAUGGUUCUGCAGGGUGCUGUGACUUACCAGACCAGUUUCCCCACCUAGCCUCUGCCAACAGCUUCUGUAAGGACCAAAUCCAGUUUAAUUGGACUGGGGGGGGGUCAGGAAACCAGAAUUCCGUUCCCAGCUCUGCCACUGACUUUCCUGAGUGAACCUGGACAACUCGCCCCGCCCUGUGCCUCAGUUUCCCCAUCUGUAAAACAGACAUGGUGAUUCUGCCCUGCUUUGAGAUCUGAUCUACGGCUGAAAAGCGCUGCAGGAGGGCCCCCCCUCUCCCCCCCCCGGGCCCGAUCCCGCCGGCGCUAACCCCCAGGGGUGGGCGGUGGGAAAGGAGGACGGGCGAGGAAGUAGAAGCAAUAGCAUUUUAAUAAACAUAAUUGAUUCAAAGCCACAAUAUGAAGAA